AUUACAGAAUUAGGAUGCCUUAUACUGAUAGUCAAGGAGCUCAAUCUAUUUAGCUUAAAGAGAAAGUUAGGAGAUGACUUGAUUAAAGUACCUACAUGGGGAAUGAAUACUUAGUAAUGGGUUCUUCAAUCUAGCAGAGAAAACUCUAACAUGAGCCAAUGGCUGAAAGUUGAAACUAGACAAAUUCAGACUGGAAACAAGGAAUACUUUAACAGAGAGAGUCAUUAACCCUGGGAACAAUUUACCAAGGGGCAAAGUGGAUUCUCCGUCACUGGUGAUUUUUAAAUGAAGACUGGCUGUUUUUCGAAAAGCUCUGCUCCAGAAAUUAUUGUGAGGCAGAUCUCUGGCCCGUGUCAUACAGGAAGUCAGACUGGCUGACCACACUGGUCUCGUCUGGCCAUGACAGCAGGUCAGCGAGGGGCAGGCAGAGAGGGGAGAGGAGCAAGAAGCCUGCACUGCUCUCCAGGAGCCCGGCUCAAGCGGCAUAGCCUGGCAUACAGGAUCCUAGAAGCUAGAGACAAUCUGGGACGACUCCUCCCGCCCGCGCUGAGUGGUUAGAGGAGAAAAUGACGUCCCGGGACCGUGUGCCUCUCUCCAAGUCACGGGCGGAGAAGUCACGCCCCCCCACAGUACCCAUCCCUCAAGUGGAUAUCGUCCCAGGACGCCUCUCUGAGUCGGAAUGGAUCUCCCUGGUCACCAUGGAGGAAGGAGAGGAUGGAGUGGGAGAUAUCCUGGAAGGGAUGAUAAACCAAGUGAUGGAUGAGUGCUAUAAAGUGUACCUGGCUCGGCAGUGCAUCCCGUUCACCAUCAGCCAGGCACGGGAUGCCAUCCUGCAGAUUGCCGAAUGGCGCUUCCUGGCGCGGGAUGAGGGGGAGGCCACCGUGGAAGAAGAUGCCACCUGGCAGGAGGAGGAAGAGCCAGUGGCCUGUGUCACAGACUCGUGGGCACAGGGCUCAGUCCCCGUCAUGCGAACCAGCCUGACCCUGUUCCCGAAGGAGAGAGAGCCCUUCCGACAGGUCCCAUGUGCCAAAGACCCAUUGUCGUUGGGCACACAGCCAAUGCAGGGAUGUGUGACAGGUUCCCCCUGGGUUGCCACCUGGAAUUGGGGUACCACUGAGCCUCUGACCCACCAGCCUGGGCUCCCUCUCACACUAUGCUGCUGUGACGAGGUGCAAAACCCUCCAGCCUUCACACAGGUGUCUUUGGACAAACUCCCCGAGGAAACACUUUCCCAUGAGGAGACGCGGUCCUACACAGGAUCCCCCGAGGUGCCAGCAAGCCCCCCCUCAGAACAGCCGUCUCAGGAGAAGGGGGUCAAGUCUGCAAAGUCAUCCAGGCCCCAGAAUCUGCGUCCCCAGCCAGCCCCACCCCCCUCGCCCAAGACCAGAAAAGCAUACAGGCCCCCUCGCGGGCUGCUGCGUUCAGCCAGCCUGAAGAGCACGGCCAGGCCCCUACAGGAGCCUGAGAAGGAGCUGCUCCGGCAGCAGCUCGCACAGACCGUGCCUGAGGAAUCACCACUGGAAGAUCUUGGCAGCCUUCACCAGCUCCUGCCCACGUCGUGCAGCAACCUGCUGAAGAUCCAGAUGGGCAGGCCCCCCACCAUCAGGGGUGUGACGUAUGAUGAGUUUGGUACAGUCAUCGCCAUGCCCAGGCUGGACCCAGCCCGUCUACCCAAGUGCUGGAUCAAGCCUCAGGUGGAGGUGCUGGAUCCAGACGUUGAGGCCAAGCGGCAGGAAGUUCUCCAAACCGUCUCCGGGCGUGGCCAGAGGAGUACGAAGUCCCACAGCCGUGCAGCCCAAGGGCCAGGGGUAGGAGAGCUCAUUAGCGCGCAGCUGCUGGAGGACACGGGGCCCACGCUGAGUGGGAGGCUGGCCCAGGCUGUCUGUCCGAGACACGCAGACAAGAGAGCUCAGCAUUUGCCUUCCACAGGGAGAAGCCUUGAACCCAGCAGCCACGUCUCCUGGAAGCCCAGCAACCUGCUGGACUCCAUUGAGCUGGCCCCGGGAGUGGCAAUCAGGGACAGCAGCAGUGUGAAGCGUGGGCCCCACCCUGGGGCACUCUGUGAAGAGGGAGGGGAAGGGGUCUUCCAGAGAAAGCUCAGGCCCAUCCGCCCCAGAGUGCCACUGCCCGCGGUUGCUGUGGGGCAGCUCAUCCGUGAUCACACGCCCCAGGUCCGGCCAAUGGCUCUGCUCACAUCGCUCAUCUCAUCGGGGCCAGAGCACGUGUAAGUGGAGCACGCUCCCCGUCCUCCCCUCUGCCAUACCAUCGCACGGCCUGUUACCAACCCCCAGCCUCUCCAGCCAGCGUGGUGUGCAGGGGCGUCUCGCUGCUUGGCUGUGGUAACCAGCUGGUGCAUGUGACGAGGGACCUGCUUGCGCUGACCUCCUAGUCUUCCCCAGCUCUUGGUGACAAUAAAUCCCAAGCCCCCACA